AUGGCAAAGGUCCAGGAUGGACACACGAACGCAUGUGACAGCCCUGCAAUGUUAGAGGAGAGCCAAGAUGGUAUGGACAGUGAUACCCUAAGUCCUGCCUCAGCUCGACAGGUCACCAUCCAGCGCCACCCGACUCAAGGCUUCGGCUUCAUUGCAGGCAGCCAGAGGCCUGUCAUUGUACGCUCCGUCUCUGCUGACGGCCCCUCCUUUGGCAAGCUUCUUCCUGGAGACCAGAUCUUGGCCAUUAACGAGGAGACGGUGAGCGACGCGCCCCGAGAGAGAGUCAUAGACCUUGUAAGACGCUGCAAAGACACUAUAGUUCUCACUGUGCUGCAGCCCCAUCAGUCACCUAAGUCUGCCUUCAUAAGUGCAGCCAAAAAGGCCCGCCUGCGAACCAACCCGCCUAAAGUGCGCUUUUCAGAGCAAGUGUCCAUCAGCGACCCAGACUCAACAAUGCUCAAGGACGACUCCUUGCUACUCAUACCAAAUGUGUUAAAGGUGUUCCUGGAGAAUGGACAGAUUAAGUCCUUUACAUUUGAUAGCCGUACCACUGUUAGGGAUGUGAUCUCCUCCCUGCAGGACCGCCUCUCACUGCGCUACAUUGAGCACUUUGCCUUGGUGUUGGAGGCAGGUGGUCUGGACCAGAACCAGAGGUUGCAUCUGCUGCAGGAGAACCAGCCUCUGACACAUGUGGUGCAUAGAACCUAUUUCCAAGGGAUGAAGUGUCUGUUCCGCAUCUGCUUCUUCCCCAAGGACCCUGCCGACCUGCUGAGAAGGGACCCCGCUGCUUUUGAGUACCUCUAUAUACAGAGUCGCAAUGACGUCAUCAAGGAACGUUUUGGCAUGGACUGGAAAUCUGACAUCACGUUACGGUUGGCCGCGCUCCAUAUAUACAUCACUGUGUCCUCCGCGCGGCCAAAUCAGAAGAUCUCUCUCAAGCAUGUCGAAAAAGAGUGGGGGCUAGAGCCUUUCCUACCCCUCACUUUGCUUCCAACAGUCAAGGAGAAAAAUGUGUGCAAGAGCCUGUCUCAGUUGCUGAAGACCUACCAGCAUCCACCACCGUCCGGCAACAAGGUCCCUCCUCUUCAAGGAAAGCUGCAGUAUAUGCGUGUCCUCAACGACCUCCCACCUUUUGGUGGUAUACUGUUUCAUACUGUUGGACUGGAUGAAAAACAAUCAGCUACAACACUACUUGUGGGUCCUCGACAUGGUAUAAGUCAUGUAAUUGACCUAAAAAACAACCUCACAACAGUUCUGGCUGAGUUCAGUAGGGUUGUCAAGAUCCAGCUCUACCGAGAAAGCCAGGGAGUGGCUCGUGUGGAGGUGACGAUACAUGAGGCCAAGCCCCUGGUCCUACUCAUGGAAUGGCCUGAUGCCAGUAACUUUGCAUGCCUCAUCUCUGGCUACUACAAGCUGUUUGUAGACCCUAAACGGACCAUCUACUUCCGGACCCCUGGUCAGUCUCAGCUGACCAAGGCAGAUUACAGAAGCUCCCACCAUGCUCACCCACGUUCUGGGGCAACCAGCUUGCCAAGUGGAGGGCGGCGAGGGGACGAGAGGGAAAGCUCACACAGGGAGUCAGGGUCUUCAAGGGCCCUAGUUCCGGCAGAGCCUCAGCAUCUCGGUCUGUGUCAUGUCCACCUUCGAGAACAACAACAAUUUCAAGAGCUCCAAACACACGCUGAAGCUGAACUUGACAUCAAUGAAAACUUUAUUUCCCAUGAGCCCCCUGGGCGGCCUCGCACUAAGUCAGACCCAACCCAGCAGAGUACAGAGGAAAUAGCUGGGGUUUUAGAGAGCCCAGCAGUGGAGAAUGCAGGAUUCAGAAUCAGAGCCCAAACAAUGUGUCAAUCCCAGAAAGCCUCACGAUUCUUUUGUGACUCCUGCAAAGCCAGGCAUAGGGCAGAGGGUCUGUCAUCAGCAGUGAACAGUAGUGGGAGCGCUGGGAAACACUGCUCCAAUGCUUGUGCCUCCCGAGAUGGAGGCGCUGUUGACCUCAUGGCCCUACCGCCCCCGGGGAAUGAAGAGGAGGACGAGGCAGAUGGUGGUGGAGAGAAACUGCAACCACCACCACCUGCUAUUGCUGCCCCACCACCUGGCUUCAGGGACAAUAGUUCAGAUGAGGAUGACCCGAAGAGAGGGAGGAAGGCUCGAACCAGUGCCAGCCCUGGGGUCGCCUCUGGGAAGCUGGCCCAAGCCAAGGGAGAUGUGCCUGUGACACUAAUUGAUAAUGUGGCCACACGAACAGUUCGAGAUCAUGCCCAGGAGCUUGAUGAUGCUCUGGUGUCCACCUUACAGGCACUAGAGGCUUUGGCAGCCUCUGAGGACUACCCCCAUCACCCUCAACAGCCAACACAGACUGCAGGGCUGAUUGUCUUAGCUGCCAUUACACCUGAGUCAUCAUUGGACUCAGGCCACGAGACCAACUCUUCUGAAUUGACUGAUGUUUCGGAGAUGGUGUCGGCUAUGAAGCAGAACCAGAACCAGGCCUACCUGCUGGCUCAUCAUAUCAACAAAGAACGUAUACUCUGCCGCCGUGACUUUCCCCUGGCUAUCCCUGGCUGCACUGCAAAGACCAUAGGGACUGGGGCCUUCUCUGUGGGUCAGAUUCGUGCUGGCUGUCCACCCAAGCAAGUAAUCCUCAGCAAGACGGUUCCCUUUAAAGUCAGUCCCAGUCAAGAAUCUGCAGUACUCAGUGUUGUGACAGAGCAGGGGGGAAAUCAAGAGACUCAGACAGAACAGAAAGCAGAAAUGAAAGCAAACCCUGAGUCCACCAAAGCAAACACCCCUGAUCGCCCUUCUAAGUCACCUGAUGAACUUAAAGUGUCUGGUACUUCACUGACAGCUCAAGUCAGUAAAGAUCAGAAGUCAUCAAAUUCUUCUGGGGAGACCCUGAGCCAAAAUCUUUCGGAGGGUAUAAAGAGGAAAACAACAGCAUCUCUUAAUACAGACCCUAGCAACAAAGCCUUACCUAUCCUCCUACCUGUGGACAGAAUUGCCUCAGCCAAGAUUUCUCCCACUAAUAUGUGCCAAGACGCCAAGACUGCCUCUAGUGAGACCAUGAAGCCUUCAAGCUCUACAGAACUUUUGCCAGUUGACGACCUUUUCUGCACAUGCCCAGUGCAACAGGAGCCUGGGCUUCAACUAAGACUUAAAGACCCACAGGUUCAGAAGAUAGCAGUGUUUCAAUCCUCCUCCCCCACAGAUGACGAGCAUCUUCGGGCCAAAGUCCUUCAGCUUGCUAAUAGCAAAGAAAAUGCUGUGAGAGUAGGAGCAGAUCCUAGUUUGGCAAAACCCAGCCCUCAGAUACAAGCCAAGUACUCCCCUCGUUUGCAUGUAAAUGCAGAGAGAAAAGAGGCAGUUGAAAACAAGACUGAGAGUGAUCCGGGCAAAUCCAACCCUGAGUCGCAGAAAUGCCCCAUAAUAUCGUUACCUAUUUUGGAUGAUCUGACAACACCUAGCCCCUCUGUAGAUAAGGUAUCUACUCUCCCUGCUAGAGACUCAAAGAAGCAAGGCAGUGGUAAGGGGAAGUCCCAGCGCAGUGCUCCUUUCUUGAGCUUUAAAAACCUUCUUUCAGCUACCUUCCCGGCACGAAUGCGAAGAGAAACAGAUGAGCGAAGGGUGCAGUUGCAGAAAGUCCGCCAGUAUGAACUAGAGUUCUUAGAGGAGUUGCUGAAACCCAAGUCAUCCCAGGGAGAAUUUUUGCCCCAGGGAUCCUCACCUGUGCCCUCAGGCACUCCUUGUGCCUGCCAGCUCCGCACCAGCCCUGUCCUAAAGGCUCCAGGUAUAUCCAGGGAGCAGCGACGCAGCUGUGACUGUAAGCGAAUGUGUAGGGGCAUGCGACUACCUGACACACCGGUUGGAUCCACAACAGAGACACAACACAGAGGAAGAGAAAGGCCUAUCUCUAAAACCCCUCCAGCAGUCUCCAAAGCACCUCACAUCCAAGGUGCUUCAAGGAGACCUCAAACAUUGGAGAUCAAGACCACACGAAUACGCUCUACCAGUCUGGAGUCAAGAGAGCCUAGGGGAGAGCAGGGUUCCUGCUUGCCCACCUGUAAUUCUGAAACUGAUUGCAUGAGAGCUCCACAAUAUAAGAAGCUCCAGAGGCGAUACAGCAUUGGAGAGCUGGAUAACAGCACUGACAUGCCUGUUUAUGCUGAGGUGAGACCCAAAGCCAAGAGUCUAGAGAAGGAGAUGGAGAGAGUGAGGGCUACAGGGCUGAGGCUCCCCACCCCAGUAGAGCCGGUCCACACUCAGUCUCACCAAGCAGAGGGGAAGGGUAAAAAGGGUGUGUUUUUCAUUCAGGGAGAAGAGCUAUUGCGUGAAAGUAAAGAAGCGACUAGCGAAGUUCUGCUGAGCCUGCCCAGUGAAGACAGCGAUGACAAGGAUAAAUGCUGCUCAUUCUGUUUCUGCUACAGGAAAUGUGAGGCUGCAGAUGAAAGCAGUGAAAAGGAUGAGUUAUCAUACUCUAUACCCCUUCAGGUCCUUCCAGGCAUGGAGCUGGACUCACAUACCUUUCCUGUAGUGAGCAAAACGCUCCAGGUUCUUGAUGCAGAGGAUUGCAGUGGGGAGGAAGAGGAGGAGGAAGAGGAGGAGCCACAGACACAGGAGAUUGACCUGAGAGCCUGUGGUACAAUGGAGGGGAGCCUGGCGCGGGUACAGGCUCUACAGGGGAAACAUUUCAGCUUGCCUGAUGGUUUCCUAAAUGCCCAGUUGGAUGCUAAUGAGUUGCUAGCUAUUCUGCGUCAGUGUGCUAACAGCCCACAGGCUGAGGGCGAGGCUCGCCUUCAGCCCUCACAGAUUACAGAGUACAAACAGGAGCUGGCGGUGCGCUUCAAAGAAUUCAGAGCAUCUUGUCGACGAGUGGCAAGUGUUGAAAAAAGCCCAACACGUAUGCUUGCUGUUGUCACAGCCAGCUUUCAAGUGUUGUGUGAACUAACUCAGACCUUCAUCAAAUUGGUCAGGGGGGUUCGUUUGGAAACCCAAAGGCUGCAGCUGUUGAGAAAAGUUGAGGAAGUAGCUAUCAACUACACUUUGCUCCUGCGUGCAGCAGAAGAAUCAAUGGGGCACUCAAGCAGCUUGCCGACUAAAUCUGUGAGCCCUCAAGUUUCCUCCAACACCAAUAACAUGAGCUCCCUCACUCGACCCAUCAAAACUCUGCCUGCCCAGUAG